UGCGGGAAGGCAUUUGCAGAUUUCAACUCUCGCAAUCACCAAAAAACACACACGGGUGAGAAGCCAUUCAAUUGCUGUUGUGUGAAGGCAUUUGCCCGUAAAGCAGAUCUUCACACUCACCAAAAAACACACACGGGCGAGAAGCCGUUCAAUUGCGCUGUGUGCUGGAAGGCAUUUGCACGGAAAUCAGAUCUUCACAAGCACCAGAAAACACACACGGGCGAGAAGCCGUUCAAUUGCUCUGUGUGUGGGAAGUCAUUUGCAGAUUCAUCAACUCAUCACAAGCACCAGAAAACACACACGGGCGAGAAGCCGUUCAAUUGCUCUGUGUGCGGGAAGUCAUUUGCAGAUUCAUCAACUCUUCGCAAUCACCAAAAAACACACUCGGGUGAGAAGCCAUUCAAUUUCUGUGUGAAGGCAUUUGCCCGUAAAGCAGAUCUUCACACUCACCAAAAAACACACACGGGCGAGAAGCCGUUCAAUUGCUCUCUGUGUGGGAAGCCAUUUUCACGGAAAUCAAAUCUUCAUCGUCACCAGGAAACACACACGGGUAAGAAGCCAUUCAAUUGCGCUGUGUGCGGGAAGGCAUUUGCAGAUUCAUCAACUCUCCGCAAUCACCAAAAAACACACACGGGUGAGAAGCCAUUCAAUUGCUCUGUUCGUGUGAAGGCAUUUGCCCGUAAAGCAGAUCUUCACACUCACCAAAAAACACACACGGGAGAGAAGCCGUUCAAUUGUGCUGUGUGCUGGAAGGCAUUUGCACGGAAAUCAGAUCUUCACAAGCACCAGAAAACACACACGGGCGAGAAGCCGUUCAAUUGCUCUGUGUGUGGGAAGUCAUUUGCAGAUUCAUCAACUCAUCACAAGCACCAGAAAACACACACGGGCGAGAAGCCGUUCAAUUGCUCUGUGUGCGGGAAGUCAUUUGCAGAUUCAUCAACUCUUCGCAAUCACCAAAAAACACACUCGGGUGAGAAGCCGUUCAAUUGCUCUGUGGUGAAGGCAUUUCCCCGUAAAGCAGAUCUUCACACUCACCAAAAAACACACACGGGCGAGAAGCCGUUCAAUUGCUCUCUGUGUGGGAAGCCAUUUUCACGGAAAUCAAAUCUUCAUCGUCACCAGGAAACACACACGGACGAUAAGCCAUUCAAUUGUUCUCCGUUGGAGAGGACACGGACUUCAAGCUAG